AUGACCAUAGUUACCCUUAGAUCGAAAGAUGGAGAAUACACAUACACAAAGGAGUUUGAGUCUGAUAAUACAAUACUCCACGUCAAACAGUACUUGAAAAGUCAGAUGGAGGGCUACUGCAUAGAGUCUAUCGAGAAUGGAAUAAAGAUAAUUCUCAAUGGGAAAAUUGUGAGCGAUGCAGUUCAGCUCCGCACACUGGGCAAGGAGAGACUUCAACUUGUAUAUGACGUCUCUAUUCUGAAGAUGGGCAAGAUGCACAGCCCUGAUGCCGAAAGGCUCUUCUUUGAAGAGGUGGAAACCAAUGACAUAUCUGUUAAAGUUGCCGUGUCUGUUAAAGAGACGGGAGCCAAGAUGAUGGUUGAUCCGGAAGACCUUGUGGUGUUCAACGGAAACGUCUAUCUUGUCAAGGAUAGGAAAAAGAUAUUGACCCUAAAGAGCAUUGUAGAUCUUUUUGGAGACAUCCGGAUUUCCAAAGAGGACUUUGCCAAGUUUAUGGUUUUCUUCCUACUCCUGUACACAGGGAAUGGAGGGAUUGUCUUUGUACUUGGAUGUGUGUUUGUUCUUGAGAUCCUCAGCAGGAAGCUUUCUCUGACACACCGCAACCACUUCAAGAGCAUGGACCAUCUUUGCAGAUCGUUCUACAUGUUCUUCGUUAGUCUUUUUCUCAUAGAUCAUGCCAAAUUUUAG